CCCUAGAAUAGAUACAUGAAAACAACCCAUGAUACCUAAACCCCUAGAAUAGACACAUGAAAACAACCCAUGAUACCUAAACCCCUAGAAUAGAUACAUGAAAACAACCCAUGAUACCUAAACCCCUAGAAUAGAUACAUGGCAGCAGAGGUCCAGAGUGACAGUUUCCUCAGUUCACUAGUGGUUCUGAAGUGGACUCACGAGGCCCAGAGUGACAGUUUCCUCAGUUCACUAGUGGUUCUGAAGUGGACUCACGAGGUCCAGAGUGACAGUUUCCUCAGUUCACUAGUGGUUCUGAAGUGGACUCACGAGGCCCAGAGUAACAGUUUCCUCAGUUCACUAGUGGUUCUGAAGUGGACUCACGAGGCCCAGAGUGACAGUUUCCUCAGUUCACUAGUGGUUCUGAAGUGGACUCACGAGGUCCAGAGUGACAGUUUCCUCAGUUCACUAGUGGUUCUGAAGUGGACUCACGAGGCCCAGAGUAACAGUUUCCUCAGUUCACUAGUGGUUCUGAAGUGGACUCACGAGGCCCAGAGUGACAGUUUCCUCAGUUCACUAGUGGUUCUGAAGUGGACUCACGAGGUCCAGAGUGACAGUUUCCUCAGUUCACUAGUGGUUCUGAAGUGGACUCACGAGGCCCAGAGUAACAGUUUCCUCAGUUCACUAGUGGUUCUGAAGUGGACUCACGAGGUCCAGAGUGACAGUUUCCUCAGUUCACUAGUGGUUCUGAAGUGGACUCACAAGGCCCAGAGUGACAGUUUCCUCAGUUCACUAGUGGUUCUGAAGUGGACUCACAAGGUCCAGAGUGACAGUUUCCUCAGUUCACUAGUGGUUCUGAAGUGGACUCACAAGGUCCAGAGUGACAGUUUCCUCAGUUCACUAGUGGUUCUGAAGUGGACUCACAAGGUCCAGAGUGACAGUUUCCUCAGUUCACUAGUGGUUCUGAAGUGGACUCACGAGGCCCAGAGUGACAGUUUCCUCAACUAAAGGUCAAGAGACACCGUAAGGAGAGUUGGCCGUGCGCAGUAGGUCACCUGAUGGGUGUCGACGAACGAUGGCGAUUCAACACAGAAUCGUCUGGAAAGGAACAGAAAAUGGCGGUGAUAAACG